AUGGUUGGGAUUGGCGUUUACUGGGGCCAAGACAUUGGCGAAGGCAAGUUGAACACCACGUGCGACACUGGAAAUUAUGCGAUUGUGCUCUUAGCUUACCUCCGCCAAUUCGGCGAUCGCAGAAACCCCGUUUUGGGACUUCAUCGGCCACGACGACGGUGUGGUAGCGUCCCAGAUAAAACACUGCCAGGCCAAAGGCUUCAAAGUUACUCCCUCAACUCCACCGAGGAUGCAAAGCACUUCGCCAACUACCUCUACACCAGCUUUCUCAGUGGCCGAUUUGGUCCAAUCGGAAGGGUGGAGUUGGACGGCAUAGAGUUCCACAUCAGAGCCACAGAGGACACUGGGAUGACCUUGUCAAAGAACUCGACUUUUUCCGACGCACCAAAGGCCGUUACUUUCACUUGGUUGCAGCCCCUCGUUCUACAAAAUGACCCCUCUUGCGAAUACAACAUUGAGGACGGCACCAAGCCCUUGUUGGACUCGUGGGACAACUGGGUAAACUUGGUCGCGUCUAAUAACUCGCUGUUCCUGGCCCUGCCUACGGACUCAAGUGAAGAAGAAAGUGGUUUCGUGGAACCGGAUGUGGUGAAUCUUGAGGUGCUUCCGCAUGUGAAGAAAGCCACCAACUAUGGAGGGGUGAUUCUGUACAACAGAUAUCGUGAUAUUGUAAGGAAUUUCAGCGGCGAGAUACUGCCCAAUGUGCUCAAAUCCUCCUUCUUCUUGAACACAAUGGGUCCUGUCUUUCCCUAUUUUGGGUAA